GGUCAAUUGGGGGAGUAGUAGACUAUCGCUCGGACGUGGGGGACGUGCAUUAAUAUAACUUGUUCAGAAUAAAUAAAAUCAUGCUGCUUCGUAAAGUGAGCCAGUCUUCCGCUCUGUACGGCACCAUCCUCAGGAUGCCCCCAGCGCUGUCCGGAGGUCAGCGUCAGGUCGUAGCUGCUGUGCAAAACUCACGUCUCUAUGCCAGCCAAGCCGCAGAGGCGGUGAUGGAGAAGACCGCAGCAGUUGGCAGUGACACUGCCACUAAAGCGGAAAAGAAGACCGCCGCUGUUGAAUCCAAAUCUUUUGCUGUCAGCAUUUUCAAGGGACAGAUCGCUACUCCUCAAGUGUUUCCCUUCCCCUCAGUUAUGAAUGAGGAGCAGGAGCAGUUCCUCAGAGAGCUCGUAGGACCUGUGGCCAAAUUCUUCGAGGAGGUGAACGACCCUGCCAAGAACGACGCUUUGGAAAAGGUAGAGGAUCAAACAAUGGAGGGCCUGAAGGAGAUGGGUGCCUUUGGACUGCAGGUGCCGGCUGAUUUGGGCGGACUCGGCCUCACAAACACACAGUACGCCCGGCUGGUUGAGAUCGUCGGCAGUCACGACCUCGGUGUCGGCAUCACUUUGGGCGCCCACCAGUCCAUCGGCUUCAAGGGCAUUCUGCUUUUCGGGAAUCCAGCCCAGAAGGAGAAGUACCUGCCCAAGCUUGCUACAGGUGAGACCAUAGCCGCCUUUUGCUUGACCGAACCCGCCAGCGGUUCAGAUGCUGCCUCCAUCAAAACCACAGCAAUCCAGUCGCCCUGCGGUCAGUACUUCACCCUCAGCGGAGGCAAGAUCUGGAUCAGUAAUGGAGGUCUGGCUGAGAUCUUCACCGUGUUCGCCAAGACCCCGAUGAAGGAUCCCAAGACGGGGGAGAUGAAGGACAAGAUCACAGCGUUCAUUGUGGAGAGGAGCUUCGGUGGAGUGACACACGGGCCUCCUGAGAAGAAGAUGGGCAUCAAGGCUUCCAACACAGCCGAGGUCUACUUCGAUAACGUCCGUGUCCCGGCCGACUGCGUGCUCGGCGAGGUGGGCGGCGGCUUCAAGGUGGCCAUGAACAUCCUGAAUAACGGGCGAUUUGGCAUGGCGGCCGCCCUCUCCGGCACCAUGAAGGGAGUCAUCACCAAAGCUGUGGAUCAUGCAGCUAACAGGACCCAGUUCGGGAGCAAGAUCCACACCUACGGAGCCAUCCAGGAGAAGAUGGCUCGCAUGGCGAUGUUGCACUAUGUCACUGAGUCAAUGGCUUAUAUGAUCAGCGGCAACAUGGACAGUGGAGCGACUGAGUUCCAGAUAGAAGCUGCCAUCAGCAAGAUCUUUGCCUCUGAAGCAGCGUGGACUGUGACUGACGAGUGCAUUCAGGUUAUGGGUGGCAUGGGUUUCAUGAAGGACCCCGGAGUAGAGAGAGUGAUGAGGGAUCUGAGAAUUUUCCGGAUCUUUGAGGGCACCAACGACAUCCUCAGACUUUUUGUGGCCCUCAACGGCUUCCAGAAUGCUGGAAACCAGCUGAAGAGUUUACAGAAGGCCAUGAAGAACCCACUGGGCAACGCCGGACUGCUCGCAGGAGAAAUCACCAAGAGAGCCAAAAGGAAGGCUGGUUUGAGCACUGGUCUGACCCUUCAGGGAACUGUGCAUCCUGAACUGGCACACAGUGGUGAACUGACCGUUAAAGCCAUCGAACAGUUCGGAGCGGUCAUUGAGGAGCUGCUGAUCAAACACGGCAAGAAGAUUAUAGAUGAGCAGUUUGUCUUGAAGAGAGUGGCAGAUUGCGCCAUUGACCUGUACGCCAUGAUUGUUGUCCUGUCGAGGGCUUCACGCUCUUUGACUCAAGGCCACGCUGCAGCUCAGCAUGAGAAGAUGCUGUGUGAGACCUGGUGUAUGGAGGCUCACGAUAGGGUGAUGCAGGACAUCAAGCUCCUGCGCUCCGGGGAGUCCAAACAGCUCUUCAAGAACCUGCGGGCCAUCUCUACGGCGGUGGUGGAGAACGGAGCAGUGGUCUGUCCUCACCCUCUGGGUUUCUAAACACGCACCGUUGCUUCCUCUAACCCCGACGUCUGUUCUUUUUGUUUUCUUUUAUUUUCUCGUCACUCUUCUUCUGGAUCUUUUAAACCGAGUUCUUGGUCACACGUGCCAAGGUUGUAUUUUUUUUUUUUUUUUUUCAUCAACUUUUUGUUAUUGCCAUCACAGCUCUUAUCACACAUCAGUGCCCUUUUUAUCCGCUCUGUACAAUUUAGCUCUAUCUCGACUUCGCUCGAAUUUUGCUGCCACUGUAAACAUGUUUUACAUUCACGUCAUUUAUUUAUUAAAUACCGAUGACAGGAUGAGGACAGUAGAUCACAGCUGUCAAGAUAUAGUCAAUAUUAUAUACAAUUUUAAAAUAUGAAGAACUUUGACUGAAGACCUCUAGAGUUUUAAGGUGGGGUUUAAUCUACGGAUUAGUCAAUGGGUAAAAAAAACAACACAACAAUAUUUUCUCAUAUUGUUCAGCCCGUCUACCAUCUGCAUUUAAUGAUCUUUUUGGGUUUUGUUCUGUUCCGUUAAUUACACAAAUACAACAACAUCAAUGCAACUUUGGAGAUAGGCCAGUAAAUGAACUCUCGUCAUCUAAUUUAUACCCAAAAAAGGUAUUUUAAAGGACAGAUUGUUCCCUGUAAUUUCUCCACAUAUCUACAAUGUGAUCAAAUGUAUAUAAUGGUGUGGUGUUAAUGUACUUACUGCCUUUUUUUUUUUUUUUUUGUCUUCUUCUUCUUCUGCACAUCAACCUCACUCAGCGUUUAUCACGAUAACAUUAAAGUCGAGAGCGAAUCCGUUGCCUUAGAAACUGAUCCACAGAUGCUGUUCAUGGGGGUUCCUGCUGUGACUGGAGUCGUGAUACUAGAAACCAGCAUGCAGGUCAACUCAUUCAUUACUGAAAGUUAACGAACUUUUUAAAGAGUUUUAUUUCCUCUGCUACAACGUUAGCAAGCCUCAUUAACUGUAUGUGUAGAGAAUGAACCAUCUCUCCUGCAAACUUGGUUGUUGGAUAUUUUUAACAAAUGGGUUUAUAAUUUCUUGCAAACAUCUGGGUCGUGUACAUAUAAUGGUGGUACUUUUAAUAAACAGGUAAAGAUAUACUUAUGGGGGUUAUAAAGCAUCCAUAAAACAUAAAUAAUGUUUGCUCAUUCAACGCCUGCUGCUAAAGUCAGUAACCAGAAUACUGAAUGUGCUUGGAGGUGAUUUACUAACAGGUGAUAUGAUAACAAUAUGCAUUUAAAGGGAAUAUACAGUAUGUUUUGGUAGGAUGACAGUGUUUCUGCAAAUCUUUGAGCAUUUUUGGUUUAAUAAAACUAUUACAUAACCUGG